AUGGGUGCUCAUGAUGCAGCAUUGGGAGGGAAAUGUGAUGUCAUCACAGUUCUCUUAGAGUGGGGGUUUGAUAUAAACUGCAAAAAUAAAAUAGGAAAUACAAUGCUUCAUUUAGCGGCUUCAGAAGGUCACAGAGAAUUAGUGCAACUCUUGAUCGGUAAAGGGGCAAAUAUUAAUGACAAAUGCUACACGGGUCGCACACCAUUACAUGACGCUGUUCAAUCUAACGAUGUUAGUGUAGUUGAGGAACUCAUUGAGAGUGGGGCUACAGUAGAUGUUCAUGACAAUCAACAAAAAACUCCUUUGCAUCUUGCAACAUAUUGGGGAUAUAUUCCGAUAAUGAAAACUCUUAUUCAAGCAAUUGCAGAUAUAUAUAACAUUGCUACUAAUGGAAAUAUGGGUGCUCAUCAUGCAGCAUUGGGUGGGAAAUGUGAUGUCAUCACAGUUCUGUUAGAGUUGGGGUUUGAUGUAAACUGCAAAAAUAAAUUAGGAAGUACAAUGCUUCAUUUAGCGGCUUUAAAAGGUCACAGAGAAUUAGUGCAACUCUUGAUCAGUAAAGGGGCAAAUGUCAAUGACAAAAAUAACAUGGGUCACACACCAUUACAUUUAGCUGUUGAAUCUAACGAUGUUAGUGUAGUUGAGGAACUCAUUGAGAGUGGGGCUACAGUAGAUAUUCAGAACGAUAAACAAUGCACUCCUUUGCACCUUGCAACAUAUUGGGGAUAUAUUCCGAUAAUGAAAACUCUUAUUCAAGCAAAUGCAGAUAUAUAUAACAUUGCUACUGAUGGCAAAAUGGGUGCUCAUCAUGCAGCAUUGGGUGGGAAAUGUGAUGUCAUCACAGUUCUGUUAGAGUCAGGGUUUGAUGUAAACUUCUUGAUCAGUAAAGGGGCAAAUGUCAAUGAGAAAGGCAACAUGGGUUUCACACCAUUACAUGACGCUGUUCAAUCUAACGAUGUUAGUGUAGUGGAGGAACUCAUUGAGGGUGGGGCUACAGUAGAUAUUCAGGACGAUAAACAAUGCACUCCUUUGCACCUUGCAACAGAUUGGGGAUAUAUUCCCAUAAUGAAAACUCUUAUUCAAGCAAAUGCAGAUAUAUAUAACAUUGGUACUAAUGGAAAUAUGGGUGCUCAUGAUGCAGCGUUGGGUGGGAAAUGUGAUGUUAUCACAGUUCUCUUAGAGUCGGGGUUUGAUGUAAACUGCAAAAAUAAAGAAGGAAAGAAAAUGCUUUAUUUAGCGGCUUUUAAAGGACACAGAGAAUUAGUACAACUCUUGAUCAGUAAAGGGGCAAAUGUCAAUGACAAAAACAACAAUGGUUGCACACCAUUACAUGCAGGUGUUGAAUCUAACGAUGUUAGUGUAGUUGAGGAACUCAUUGAGAGUGGGGCUAAAGUAGAUGUUCAUGACAAUCAACAAAAAACUCCUUUGCAUCUUUCAACAUAUUUGGGAGCUAUUCCGAUAAUGAAGACUCUUAUUCAGGCACAUGCUGAUAUUUAUAGUACUGACAUAUGUGGCGACAUGGCUGCUCAUGUUGCAGCAAAAUACGGAAAAAAAGAUGCUUUAGAGUAUCUUUUGGGACUAGGGUUUGGUGUAAAAUGCAAAACCAAAAUAGGAAACACAUUGCUUAACUUAGCCACUUCGAAAGGUCACCUUGAAUUAGUGGAAUUCUUGAUCAACAAAGGAGCAAAUAUAUAUGACCAAGGUUGUUAUGGUUACACGGCAUUACAUUCAGCUGUUCAGUCUAACCAUGAUAGUUUAGUUCAAUACCUCAUUGAGCUUGGAGCUGAGGUAGAUGCUGAAAACUGUAUGCUACAAACUCCUUUGCAUAUUGCAGCAAUGAUGGGGCAUAUGCCCCCACUGAAAACACUUAUUCAAGAAAAUGCUUAUAUUUAUAGAAUCGAUACGUGCGCUAAUACAUGUGCUCAUGAUGCAGCCUUUAAAGGGAGAUGUGAUGUUAUAGAACACAUGAUAAAGUCGGGGUUAGAUGUAAACUACCCAACCAAUAUAGGAAUUACAUUGCUUCAAUUAGCAGCUUAUAAAGGUCACUUUCAAUUAGUGCAACUCUUGAUCAGUAAAGGGGCAAAUGUGAAUGACGAAGACAUAUAUGGUUAUACGGCAUUAGAUGCAGCUGAAGAAUCGAACAAUGAGAUUAUAGUUCAAUACCUCACUGAAUCUGGGGCUAGGGCAAAUAAUCAUGAGAAAAAACCACCCGCUAAGCAUCUUGCAGCAUUAAGAGGAGACUUUGCAGUAUUGCAAUCACUCAAACAGGAUAAUACUGAUAUAUAUAAUUUGCCAAAUUAUGGCGAUAUGGGACCUCAUGCAGCAACUAUUCACGGGAUGUAUAAGACAAUUGAGUUUAUGUCAGAGUCGGGAAUUAAUGUAAACUGCAAAACUAAAGAAGGAGAUACAAUGCUUCAUUUAGCGGCUUGGAAAGGUCACAGAGAAUUAGUGCAACUCUUAAUCAGUAAAGGGGCAAAUAUCAAUGACAAAAACAACAAUGGUCGCACACCAUUACAUGCAGGUGUAGAAUCUAACAAUGUUAGUGUAGUUGAGGAACUCAUUAAAAGUGGGGCUAGAGUAGAUAUUCAUGACAAUGAACAAUGCACUCCUAUGUAUCUUGCAACAUAUAGUGGAUGUAUUCCGAUAAUGAAAACUCUUCUUCAAGCAAAAGCUGAUAUAUACUACGAAAAUGAAAUUUAUAAAGAUAUGGGUGAUCAUCAUAAUGCAGCAUUGGGUGGGAAAUGUGGUGUCUUUAUUGGUCUGUUAGAUUCGAGGUUUGAUGUAACGGCCAAAAACAAAGAAGGAAAUACAAUGCUUCAUUUAGCGGCUUUAAAAGGUCACAGAGAAUUAGUGCAACUCUUGAUCAGUAAAGGGGCAAAUGUCAAUGACAAAAACAACAUUGGUUGGAGAGCAUUACAUGCAGCCGUUGUAUCUAACAAGGUUAGUGUAGUUAAGGAUCUCAUUGAGAGUGGGGCUACAGUAGAUGUUCAUGACAAUCAACAAUUGACCCCCUUGCAUCUUGCAACACAUUUGGGAUAUAUUCCGAUAAUGAAAACUCUUAUUCAAGCAAAUGCAGAUAUAUAUAACAUUGCUACUGAUGGAAAUAUGGGUGCUCAUCAUGCAGCAUUGGGUGGGAAAUGUGAUGUCAUCACAGUUCUGUUAGAGUCGGGGUUUGAUGUAAACUGCAAAAAUAAAUUAGGAAGUACAAUGCUUCAUUUAGCGGCUUUAAAAGGUCACAGAGAAUUAGUGCAACUCUUGAUCAGUAAAGGGGCAAAUGUCAAUGACAAAGGCAACAUGGGUCGCACACCAUUACAUGACGCUGUUCAAUCUAACAAUGUUAGUGUAGUUGAGGAACUCAUUGAGAGUGGGGCUACAGUAGAUGUUCAUGACAAUCAACAAUUGACUCCUUUGCCCACCUUUGUAGUUGAGGAACUCAUUGAGAGUGGGGCUACAGUAGAUGUUCAUGACAAUCAACAAUUGACUCCUUUGCACCUUGCAACAAACUGGGGAUAUAUUCCUAUCAUGAAAACUCUUAUUCAAGCAAAUGCAGAUAUAUAUAAUAUUGCUACUGAUGGAAAUAUGGGUGCUCAUCAUGCAGCAUUGGUAGAUAUUCAGAACGAUAAACAAUGCACUCCUUUGCAUCUUGCAACAAUUAGGGGAUAUAUUCCGAUAAUGAAAACUCUUAUUCAAGCAAAUGCAGAUAUAUAUAAUAUUGCUACUGAUGGAAAUAUGGGUGCUCAUCAUGCAGCAUUGGGUGGGAAAUGUGAUGUCAUCACAGUUCUGUUAGAGUUGGGGUUUGAUGUAAACUGCAAAAAUAAAUUAGGAAGUACAAUGCUUCAUUUAGCGGCUUUAAAAGGUCACAGAGAAUUAGUGCAACUCUUGAUCAGUAAAGGGGCAAAUGUCAAUGACAAAGGCAACAUGGGUCGCACACCAUUACAUGACGCUGUUGAAUCUAACAAUGUUAGUGUAGUUGAGGAACUCAUUGAGAGUGGGGCUACAGUAGAUGUUCAUGACAAUCAACAAUGCACUCCUUUGCAUCUUGCAACAUAUUUUGGAGAUAUUCUGAUAAUGAAAACUCUUAUUCAGGCACAUGCUGAUAUUUAUAGUACUGACAUAUGUGGCGACAUGGCUGCUCAUGUUGCAGCUAAAUACGGAAAAAAAGAUGCUUUAGAGUAUCUUUUAGGAUUAGGGUUUGAUGUAAAAGCAAAAGCAAAAAAAGGAGACACAUUGCUUAAUUUAGCCGCUUCGAAAGGUCACCUUGAAUUAGUGCAACUCUUGAUCAGUAAAGGGGCAAAUGUGAAUGACAAAGACGAAUAUGGUUAUACGGCAUUAGAUGCAGCUGAAGAAUCGAACAAUGAGAGUAUAGUUCAAUACCUCACUGAAUCUGGGGCUAUGGCAGAUAAUCAUGAGAAUAAACCACCCGCUGAGCAUCUUGCGGCAUUAAGAGGAGACUUUGUAGUAUUGCAAUCACUCAAACAGGAUAAUACUGAUAUAUAUAAUUUACCAAAUUAUGGCGAUAUUGGAUCUCAUGCAGCGUAAACUGCAGAUCUAAAGAAGGAGAUACAAUGCUUUGUUUAGCGGCUUUAAAAGGAAACAGAGAAUUAGUGCAACUCUUGAUC